UGGAGGAGCUGGUCAGGAACUGGCCAGGAGCGGACGGCACUGAAGGCAUCUCAAAACUUUUCCAACACACAUUGAAGUGGUCUGUUUAUUGUUUAACAUCGGCUCCAGUUUGCCCCCGAACAUGAAAACAACCUCUACGUUGCCAUACUUUGUGUAUCGGUGAUGAAGUGGAUGCUACUGACCGCUUGGAAAAAGGGAAACUUGCGAGAGGGAAAACUUCUGGAAUGAUGCCCCAGCGACUGCAUCCCUCCCUCCAAAGUUCAGCUAAGACUUUCUGGGGGGCAUUCUGCAAUUUGGAGCCUUCCUGCAACAUUAUCACCAUUGUUCAUCACUCAUAACCAGAGAGCCCUCAUCUUGGAUGAAGCGGAGAGUGAUAUAAUGAAGGUGACAGUGACGUUUGGGCAGACAGGUGUGGUGGUGCCCUGCAAGGAGGGUUGGACCGUGAGGGACCUCAUCCAGCAAGCCACGCAGAGAUACAGAAAACUCCUGGAACAGGAAGGAGAUUUCCUGGUUCGGACUCACCAUGUUGAAUACUGUGAUGGGGGGAUUCUGGACCCUGAUGAUAUUCUCAGUGAUCUGGUAGAAGACAAGGACAAGCUGAUGGCGGUGUAUGAGGAGCAGGAAGCCCAGCAGAGGGGUGUGGCCAACACAAGUCUGGCCCCGAGCCCUGACCUCUACCAGUCUGAGCUCUCUGUCUUCCAGCCAAUCGCAGGAGGAGAGAUUGAAGUCAAUUCCUCAGCGCUCAAGUCCAACACCCCCCUACUGGUGAGAAGUAGCAGUGACUCAGCCCUCGGCCCCCAGCUGACUGAGACUGAAGCCUCCCUCAAUGAAGACACCACUGAGAUGGCAGCCGGUCCAGCUGUGGAGAGGCCUGCAGGAGUGGACCGAGCCCAAGGCAAACACACCUUCAGUGGCAGCCUGACCAGGACAGUGGAAAUCCUGGGAGAGGACAGUCCCCUGGGAAUCCAUGUGGUUCCCUACUGCUCAUCACUCAGUGGAAGGUCUCUCGGUCUAUACAUCCGUGGAGUGGAGGAAGAGAGCCGCUCAAGGAAGGAGGGCUUGUUUCAAGAGGACGAGUGCAUCGUCAAGAUCAACAAUACUGACCUAAUAGACAAGACAUUUAGCCAGGCCCAGGAAGUGUUUCGUCAGGCAAUGCGUUCCCCAGUUGUCCGCUUGGAAGUAGUUCCCUCCUUCAACAGAGAACGCUAUGAGAAGAGCCUGAUUGGUCAGCUGUUUGGCAACAGUGCCGGUCCUGACAGCAGUCCCCGAAUCGCCAAAACCAAAGAACCACCUCCGCCUGUCAAAGCCAAACCUAUGUUUAAGCCCUCUGAGAAUCCAGCCACACGACUGGCAGAGGAUGCUGCCGUUCUGGAAGCUGCUGUCAGUACCCCCAAGGGGAGGAGUGAGAGCCCCCUCCUUAAGAAAAGUCCUGCCCUCUCCAGCUUGGUGGGCAAUAAGAGAGGAGGCCGAAGAUUGAGGAUCGACCUAAAGAAAGGCUCAGAAGGUCUUGGUUUUACUGUGGUAACCAGAGACUCUUCAGUCCAUGGUCCUGGUCCCAUUCUGGUUAAAAACAUUCUGCCACGUGGAGCCGCCGUCAAAGACGGACGCCUGCAGUCUGGAGACCGCAUACUGGAGGUAAACGGUGUGGAUUUCUCAAGUGAUGGCCAAGAGGAGUUGGUGUGUAUGUUACGCAGCACACGGCAGGGAGAGAAUGUGUGCCUAGUGGUCCUACGGCAGGAAGACAUGUUCCUGCCCAGAGAGAUGAAGGAGGAGUUGUCCCGUGUGGCAGGCUUUGUUUCGGAGAAUGGGAAGGAGCAGCUCAUGUUCGAGGUACCACUAAAUGACACCGGCUCGGCGGGACUCGGUGUCAGCCUCAAAGGAAACAAGUCCAGGGAGACAGGAGAAGAUCUGGGAAUCUUCAUUAAAUCCAUAAUACAUGGAGGGGCUGCAUACAAGGAUGGACGUCUGAGUGUCAAUGACCAGCUGGUAGCUGUAAAUGGAGAGUCGCUUCUGGGACGCUCCAAUCACGUGGCCAUGGAAACGCUCCGACGCUCUAUGUCGCAGGAGGGAAAUGUACGAGGGACCAUCCAGCUGGUGGUGCUCAGGGCUUUGAAGGAUCAACAUGGUGUGUCACCCAAUCGCUCAUUUGACGGCUCUCCCGGCCUGAUGGGACCGAUGAGCCCAGCGAAUGGUCAGACAGGAUUGGUCGGUCAGGCCAACGGCCCCGUUCACCCUCCCAUGCUGAGCAACAGUCUCUAUGCAUCUAAUGUGACCAAUGGGAGUUAUUCUCACAUGGAUGAGGAAGAGGAGGGCGAGCUGUAUGGACAUGAGGAGUUCAGCGGAUCUACCCAACACUCCUACCUACAGGAAAGGGAAAACUCUCACAUCUCCAGCCCAGCUCAGCCCCAGUCUCCCACCCAGAGCCACAACCAGAGCCAGCGACAGUUCCACCAGCAUGUUAAAGCCUCCAAGAGCAUGGACCUGGGUACGACUCAGAACCAGCAGCACACUGUGGCAGAUGAGAGCAACAUAGGAUCCCUGAUUGGAAACACUGCUGCUCCAUCAGGUCCUGUCGAACUCGGCCCUACCCUCGGCCUGAAGAAGUCCAGUUCGCUGGAGAGUCUCCAGACGGCCAUGUCAGAGGUCAGCAGGAAAAACGAACUCCUCCCAUUCCACCGUCCUCGUCCAAAUAUGGUCAGGGGAAGAGGCUGCAACGAGAGCUUCAGGGCAGCUAUUGAUAAAUCCUAUGACGGGCCACCUGAAGACGAUGAUGAUGAUGGUUCGGAGCCGAGUUCAGGCCGUGACACCCCUGCAAGUAGUUCAUCCCGCCAGGGAGUGGGGGAUCAGAUAGAGGAGAAAGGCAAAAAAGACAAGAAAAAGAAAGCGAAAACAAAGAAGAAAGAAAAGAACAAGGGGAAAGGAAAAGAGAAAAAGAAAACAGAGGAGCCUGAAGAGACAGAGAAGAAGAGCAAGAAAAUAGGAUUUGGCCUUCUGAGAUUUGGAAAGAAGAAAGAGGAGAAGAAGGAGGCGAAAGCAGCUCUGCAGCGCCAGAAGUCAGAGAUUCUGAGUGAUCAUGAGCUUGAGAGGAUGAAAGAGGAGAGGGAAAGAAUCGAGGCAGGGCAUCCUGAGCUACGAGAGCACCGGUCCAGAGACCAGCAAGGUGGAGGUGGCGGGUCUGCAUAUCCAGAUGUUGAGGAUGAUGACACAGACCCCAACUACGCCCGAAUACAAUCCUUCAGGGACCGAGAUGUGGGUCCAGUGCCGCAGCUACCGUCUCAGUCACCUCCCUACAGCACAAUUCAACACACCCAUGCUCACACCGCUUCCCCCCAAAGCCUGACUACCUUCCCAGGGCAUGGAAAUCAUGUCAACAACCCUGGAGCCAUCCCUGAUGAUGACCACAUUGAUAGGCUGUAUGCGAAGGUGAAUAAACCAAGGGGAACCGGAGCUACAUCUCCUCCUGCUUCCGCCAAUGAUAGCAGUGUGGACAGGAUCCAGCAGCUACGGAGAGAGUACCAGCAGGCAAGAAGAGAAGGAAUGGUACCACCUUAUGAGGAGCUGGACCCACGACGCAGAGGGCACGAAAACGAUGCACACAGGAUGCCAGGCAGAGGGACAGAUCCACGGUUGGCACCACGUUAUGAAGAGGUGGAACGUCAGUAUGCCUCCUUACCAAGACGGGGUCCGUUGGAUCCAGGUGACUACCCCAUGCAGCCCUGGUCUGGUCAUUACCCCGGACCUCCCCAGGCCGCACAGGGAUACCCUCAGUCCCUGUCCUACCCUAACCCCAACUCCCAGGCCGGUCCGUCUUACCCUGGCUACCCACCCAGCCAGCCAUACCCACGGCCAGGUGACCCUCGGGGCGUUGACCCUGGCUACUACCCCCAUCCGAGCUCCCAGCAGAGAGGGCCCUUGCGGCAGGAUGUGCCCCCGUCUCCUACCCCUCCACUUCGUGGACUACGGUACGACACUAUGAUGCGUGGAACAGGGGGUGGAGGCUACAGGUAGGGGCAUUUUGUGGAUGAAGACGGUCCCAGGCACCUGAUGGAUCCUGGUCCAGACCAGUACGGCUACACUGGGGAGGGAGGAAGACAACAACAGCAACACCAAACCAACCCAAGGCAGAAGAAUGCAAUGACUGCAGCUGUGUAGACGAAUCAGGUCCAGAGAUAAAAAAAAUAGCAACAUUUCUUCUCCUCUACUUUUGCUGCUCCGAAUAAAUAGAGUUGAAACCACUUAAUGGCGUGAUUCGAAUCACCACUGUUAUCAUCCAUCUAGGCAGUUGAAUAGUAUACGGUAAUACACAGACAAGCAAAGGUAAAGGAGGUUAAUUAUAGCGUGGCUGGUGUGAUGCAUAAUGUCUUUUUGUUUGAAGUCAUUUAAAUUGCUUUGAGUCUUCCCGGAGUAUAAAAUUAGCACUUUUCUUUUUUUUUUUUUGCUCUUUUCUAUACUCUGAUUAAGUCAUCUCUUUCAAGAAUCAGUCAGGGGCCCAGGUAAUUGGAUCCAUUUAAAUUAAGCCACUGAAGGCAUAAAUACAGCUCUGCACACACAUAUUCUAUCUCCUGCUGCUCCACCGACAUGACAAAAACAUAAAAUACCCUGAAAAGUAACAUUUAGUAGCAUGUUGCACACCUGUCAAUGUCAGUACUUCUGUGUUAUUAUCACGACUGAAGCAGUUCAUGUUUACAAAAAUGUGAUUGUGGGGCUCCGGACAGGUUACAAAUACGUCCGAAGAUGUCGUUCUUGUUAGUGACCGCUGCCGAAACAGAAAAAUCACAGUAACCCUAAAUGUAGCAUUGUGCAGUAAAACGGUAUAUCCAUUUAUGCCAAAACAAUAAUAAAAAAAACUCUACACAACAUUAAGAGUUUGGGCAACGGUUACAGUCAGUUAAAUGAAGUGCUCUUUUUGAGGCCUCACCGUCUCAGUUUGCCAAAACAGGGAGAACUCCACUUUACCAAUCUCUGUGAAAAUACAGACUUAGUGCUCAUGAUUAGUGUGAUGAUCAAGUUUUGUUUUGUCAUUAUGAGUUAUGGAAACAUUUUAACAAUUGAAGUGCACUAUACCACAGCGGAGCACUGUAUGAAUUAUCUCUCAGUGUAAUAAUAUGCUUUUAAUAAUAUAAUGCUAUGACUGCCUUUCAUUUUUGGCCAAAUCAUGUCUUUGGUUUCAAUAUAUUUUUAGUCCAGGACUAGAUAACGUCUGAAUCCUGUCUGGUUGUUAGUUUUCUGAAUGACCCUGAUUCUGCAUUAAAGUGAGCCCAGGACAACAGCCUUUUAAACCACACUGCAGAAGUACAACAUCUCAAAUGUAUGUAUUGUCAUUUCAGGACAUAUAACAAAAGUUUGUCUUUGAAUAGUUAACUUUAUUUAAAAUGACCCCUACUUGAAUGUAUGAUAAAGUUGCAUGGAUUACGUUUUCAUCUCUACUUAAUCCAGGUAAUCAACCUGUGUGUUGUGAAUCGUUCCAUCAUGACUGGAGUUUAUGCUCAAGGUUUGGUUUCAUCAGACAUCCAAUUCAGAGAUAAUCCAUUGCUUUAAACAAAAAAAGCUGACAACCACUUUAUGGUAAUAUCAAUGUAUAAACUUUGACAUUCUGGAAGAAGCUCCGCUAAGAACAAGAUGAUCAUUUCAUGAUCAGCAAGACACAAACCAAAGCUUUUUAAUGCUGCCGCCUCCUCUGCUGGGAGUAACUCCUAGUAUCUAGACAGUAUUUGUUUCAAAACAUCUACUCUUACUAGAGAUGAGCACAUGUGUGAUAUCGGCUUGAACCUAAUAGACAGCAAUGUAAAAUAAGUAGGGGGAUGUAGGAAAUGAGCAGAACUCCAAUAAUGCUUUCAUAUAAUAUAUCAAACCACUACAAUGUGCUGCCAUGUAUUAGUGUUUGUACUAAUCUUGUUUUCUUUUGGAGCUGGAUGUGCAGCUGAGUUGUUUAAGCUGUUAAGGUGUCAACACUGUGCAGUAAACCAGGCAGAAAAGGCUUUUUCUUUUUUUUUUGGGGGGGGGGGGUUAACGUACUAGUUAUUGAGCUCGUUUUCACUCUGUGUUACUCUACAAACCUCUUUCUCUCUGUGUUUUCUGUGUCUGACAUGUGCUGUAGUUUGGGAGUGAAGGAUGUUCACUGCACAUCUCUGUGACCUGGUGGUGUAGGCGUCAGUGUAUGGUGAAGUGCACACGAGUCCUGUUGAAAAAUGAAUUGGGCAUCAGAGUGCACUUCUCACUGCUGCGCCAUAGUGUAUAUCCAUUUAGCCACUUACUGAACCGUCAAUUAAGUGUAACUAAGAGUUGGAGUCGAGCUUUUCCAUUCGACAAAGCUCAGCAGUAUUAAUUUCAGUGGAGAUUAAACGGUUAAAAUUACAUUUCAGGAUUUGGUGAAUUGCAUUUAUGUUGCUAAAACUGAGGAUGAAAUGCCACUAAAGGAUGAAUGCUUAGAGUAAUUUGACUGAAACCCAUGCAAGAGAAUGUGAAGUAGAUGUUUUCUCAAAACCAUGUCAUUUGCUUGUUUUGUUAGAGAAACUUGGAUCUUGAUUAGACAGAGGAAUGUAGGCCGGAACGUAAAAAGAAAGAGAUGUGAUAAAAGAUUUUGGACAGAAGGAAAGUAAGGAUGGGAGGAAAGAAAGGAAUAGAGGUGAGGGGAUAGGUAAAGAAGCGAAGAAAGACAUAGAAAGGAAAGAGGGGCAUGGAUGAAGAGGAAGUAAAGAAAUGAGUAAUUGAUUGAAGGUUUUGAUGCAGGGAGGUGGAAGAAAUGGUCAAACUUUGGGCAGAAGUUGUUCUGAAGUAGGAGGAGGGUUACAGGAGUGGGCUUGUGUUUACUGAAUGUAGAGACUUUGGCAAUUACUUUUUCACAUGCUAUUAUCACUUUUCAUCACCAGUAUGGACGUAUAACUUCCACAUCUGACUGUCAUGGUAUGUCUGAAAAUACGAUACAAGAAUGUCCUGGUGGUCAGCUCAUCUGUCACUUAUAAAGAACUGACACCAGAAUAAUUCACAUGCCCAUGUAGGUCAUUCACUCUUUAGCUCAGUGCUAACAUUGUAGCAGGCAGAAGGUUAGCAGCUAAACCUCCAUUGAUACUGUACAGUACUGUGCGUACCAUUACCUCAAACGUAACAAAAGUCAACAGUAGGUCACAUCACAAAAGGUAGUCGGGUUGUAAACGUUAGUCUAAAUAAUCAAUGAAUCCAAGUGUACGAUGUUAAGAAUAAGACUGAAGGGGAAAACAGUAAAAUGCAACGUGAUAACCCCAGGACCUUCUGGGUGAUGAGUGACGAUACGUUACAGCUGAUAAUCGACACUGCUGAGUUAAAACAUGUGAAUCUGUUGCCAUUAUAUCAAGUUCUCUUCAUUUACUAAAGGUCAGUUUUAAUACUUUUUUCAAUACUAGUUUCGUGUGUGUCACAGUGUGCUAAAGAGUGAGCAGGGAGCACCAGAGAAAAUGAUCUACUCGGGUCACAUGGAUGAUUGUGGUGUCAACAUUCCAAAAAUGUUUUGCACUCCUUCAAGACAGAAUGAGCAGUAAAUAAAGAUGGAGGUUGUCUGUUUAACUGUGUCUGAAUGCUGGGUCAGUGCCUGGUGAAGCUUUUUUUUUUUUUUGAGCUACAAUAUACUGAGAUGUGAACAUUACAUGAAGGUGUAUUACUGUUAUUCCUCUGAUAUUACUACACAAGUCACACGCAUGUAACUCUUCACAAGCAUUUAUUUUCUAUGUUUUUUUGUUUAUUUUCUCUUUAAUGAUAGUUGGUGUUGUUGGUUGGGUGUACCAGAGCCACAGAGUGUUAGGCUACUGUUACCAUGCUACUGUAAGAAAGAGGUACACUGCAUAGUUUUCAUCACUUUUCAAUUCAUUUAGUUUUUCUCAGUUUUUUCAAGUUAAUUCUGCAAAAAAUUUGCAACUUGAUUUUUUAAAAUUGGGUAAAACGAACACGACAUUGUGAUGUAGCAUGGGUAAAAAUAUGAAACAUCCUGUGUGUAUCGCUCUUUGGUUUUUGGCAGUACAGAAUGAGUUGCACAAGAUGAAGGUACGAACCAGAACCCUCCUUUUGAAGAGUUCUGGUGCUCCUGGUUCUCCAGUGAAUGAAGGAACCAACUAAAUAACCUCUGUCAUAGACGUAUAACAUUUUUAUUAAACUGCUUGUAUCCAAAAAUUCAAAAAUCUCUUUUUAUAAUGUUGUAACAAUAACAAUGAUUUCUAUUAUUAUUUUCCCACAUUUUAUAUUUAUGUAUAUAACAUCUUUUUUGCAUUAAAAUAUUCAUUACAAAACA